GGGUCUGAUUGAUCAAAAUCCCAAGAAUUUUACAUUUGGAGCUGGUUCUUAAGGUGUUUUUCUUAAAAUGGCGGCCUCUUCCCAAGGUCAAAGGUCAACAAGCAUCAAUGUUAGUUGUACUUAACCUGGUGGAAUGGUUGUGAAUUUGCUCGAUUUUGUUCAAACAAGUCUUCGUUUCCCAUAUUGUGGAAAUAUGCGAAAAACUGCCACAUUUCACACUUUUCUACAAAGUAGCCAUCAGAGCGAAGGUCCUCUGGCCAUCCCAUAAUUGUUUUAAAACUUCCUUUGGAUAUCCCUGACAUUUUGGUUUUGUUAGUGGUGUUUAGAAAAAAAAAUCCAGCUCCAUAAGAGAUUUUAGCCUCAUUGUUUUUUUGUUUGCCCACUGUGAUGCCCAAAAUCCAUUUUUAGCGGAUGCUGGGUUCAUGCAAAUUAUGGUGAGUUUCUGACUAUGUGGCGGGGGUCACAUCUUAGCUCAAAGGUGCAGUAAGAAGGAAGAACUGUGGUUCUUGCAGUCCAGGUCUGCUGCCGGUCACGAUGAACCGUCCAUCUUCCAUUUUUGUCUUCUCACACUGAAAAAAGUGAAACAUUGGAUCAAGCAGCAGAAGUUCUGGAAUUUGUUGCAUUGAAAAUUGUUAGUUUAUAUCAAAUUAACAUUUUGAGUUGAUGGUUAACUCAACUUACAAUAUACUCAAAUUACAGAAUUGAUCCAAUGUUUCACUUUUUCAGUGCAAACACACAGGUAACAGCUUCACCUGUACAUACUGAGCUGACUCAGACAGGUUUGUUUUAUGAGAAAAUCUCUUUGUUGGUGUGUCAAAAAUCCAGGCUGGAUUUUUUAUUUUAUUCUAAAAACCUGGGAAAGAACGACACUUUUAAAGUUUAACUUUUUACAAUAAAAAUACAAGUAUUAAUGUGAAUCUUUACAUUAAUGGUUUUCUGAAGAACUUAUUCUGAAAAGUGAAACAUUCUGGUUUCCUAUUUUAAAUUUGACUUGAAUUUAUCUUCUGUUUUUGGUAUUUUUGAGUUGAGAUGCUGAAUAAUAUGAGGGAGUCACCACAUUUCCUUCACUGUUUUAUUUUUACAAUUUUGGACUUUUUUAUAUCUCAUAGAUUAAAAAAACAUUGGAGAUGUUUCAGCUUCAGAUCAACAUAAUCUGGGUUUAAACGCUGACUCUGUCUCAUCUGUUUUUUUGUUUACAAUAAAGAUUUCUUUGCCUUAUAGCUGCUUCUUUUUUGUGGUCGCCAUAGUGAAUCAUCCGCCUCCAUCUACUGUCCUCUCCAUCAUCUUUCUCACCAACCAACCUCCCUAUUACUCUCUGUAACAAGCUCACUCCUAACAUUUCCAGUCAGCUGUCAGUGGUAUCAUAACAAAGAGGAAAGGUCAGAGGCUCAGCCAGUCAGUCACCUGUCUGUGUCAUACCAGGUGUGAAGGUUUGUGGAGGGAGUAGCAUGGUGUGGGGUUGUUUGCAGGGCUUUGUCCCUUCGUUCCAAUGAAAUAAAAAAAGAGUGUAAGCUACAGCAGACUAAAAGAUUUAACUAGGUAAUUCUAUGUUCCUAUGGUCUGUGGGAGGAAAUUGAGGAUAGCUACUUCCGGUUUCAUCAUGACUACAAAUCCCAGUCGAACCAGUUUGAUCUGAAAGAACCUGUCAAGCCUGUAGAGUUUGGACCUGACUCGGAGUAAAGGAGUCUGAUUUUCUGCUUACACACCAAACUAUAAGCCAAAAUUAAUAAAUAAAAAAAUAAAUAAAAUAAAGAAAAAGUUACUUAAGAGGCGUUUAAAGUACUCCAUUUUUAAAAGCGCUUUUGUGUUUGUUAUGUUAGCUAAACACAAAAAGAUAGGAUGCUAUGCGCAUGCGUGUUAGUUUCCUGUGUCCGAGCCCACGUCACUUCCGUUUAUUUCGAGGCCGAACAACGUCCACAACAUCGGCGCGCGCGAGAUACAUUCCUGUUUUCUUCAGAUUCGAGGCACGCGCUGCUCUGAAAUGUCCCCGCGCGAGUCCUUCCACGCGCAGCUGGCCUCCAUCAUGGAGGUUCUGGCCAACGCGGCGGUGGCGGAGAUCUGCGAGCUCGUGGACGGCGGGUACGCGCUGCUGCAGCUGGAGAUCACGCGGAGCCGCAAGGAGAACGAGGCGCUGCGUAGGAAGCUGCGGCUCGCGGAGCUGCGGGCCGCGCGCGCCACCGCGCUCCGAGCCGCGGUCAGCGGGGGCACGCUCCUGCAGGCCAGCGCGCCCCCGCGAGUUCACGUGCUCGCGAACCAGGAGCCCAGGAGGCGCGCGGCACCGACGGACAACAUCUGUACAGAGUCUGCGCCCUCCUGGUCGUCCGGUCAGGGAACGGCGAUCUGUGGAGACCUGAGUCCUCCGUCGGUUCGGGAGAGCGCGCAGCAGACGCCCGUAGGGGGGGCGGCCGUGGUGAUCAAAGAGGAGGACGAGGAGUCGCCUUCAGAGGAUGGUUUUUGUCGCAUCGUGGAGGUUCGGACGCUGAAGGAUAAAACCCCUGGGCCGUCCGCCAGGCAGGAAGCGGCAGACGCCAGCGCCGUCAGCUCCACGUCCUCUUCCACCCAGAACAGCCUGAACUGCAGUCGGAGGCUGGAAACCGGCGCUUAUGACUGUCUGAUGUUGGAGGUGGAGCGUGGUUCCGCGUCCCAGAAUCCCCCGGGUUCUGACCCCGGCUGCUCGUCUGAAUCGGACCGCUGUGGGAUUGUUCCUGUGAAUUUCCUCAGCCAAGAGCAGAGGGCGCCACCGCCUGUGGAGAAGCUUCCUGUGCAGAUGGAGGCGGGCGGAGGUCCGAGCGUGUUCACGAGGAGGGAAGGAUGGAGGCUCCGGGACAGCGGGGGGAACCAGGACGACGCCGCAGGCCGCGGCUUCGUCUGCAGUCACUGCGGGAAAACUCUGGCGUGCCUGAAGAACCUGAAGACCCACAUGAGGGUGCACACCGGCGAGAAGCCGUUCGCCUGCACGCUCUGCGGGAAACGCUUCUCCGACUCCAGCAACCUGAAGCGCCACCACAGCGUGCACACCGGAGAGAAGCGCUACAGCUGCAUGCACUGCGGCAAACGCUUCGCGCAGUCGGGAUCGCUGAAGGUCCACAUGAGCGUGCACACCGACUGCAAGCAGUUCAAGUGUAUGCACUGCAGCAAGACCUUCAUCUCCAGCGCCCACCUGCGGCGCCACAUCAGCCUCCACGCCACAGAGAAACGACUCGCCGCAGCGUUACCCUGACAGGACGACCUGCAGGAUCGUUGAUCCCUGCUGCUGCACAUACAGUGGUGGACAAAAUUGUUGGUACCCCUCAGUUAAAGAAGGACAAACCCACAAUUCUCACUGAAAUCACUCGAAACUUACAAAAGUAACAAUAAAUAAAAAAUUUUGAAAAUUAAACAAUCAAAAUCAGCCAUCAAUUUUGAAUUGUCAGGGUUUUGGCAUCUUAAUUCAAAUGAAAAUGCAUUUUACAACUGUUCAUUCAAUGUAGAAUUUGGUCAUUUUAUUUUGAAAAUGCUUUUUACACCUGACAAGUCAAUAUAUAAAAAAACAUUUUAAGUCUCUGUCUGUUCUAACUUUACUUUAAAUACAUUUAGAGUCGUCUGCAUCUGAAUUUUGAGAACAAAAAUACUUUUUGCACAAUUUCAUGUUAAAACUGUUUGAAUAAAGUUGUGUAGAUGUUGAAA